AUGCAUUUUCCUCGUCUCGCUCUCUUCAUCAGCCUACUGUCAGCAGUCAGCGCCGCCGCUCCAGUGGAGGAAAGACAAGUCGUCGCCAAUAAUCCUACGGUAACAAUCAGCAAUGGUGUCAUUAUAGGUACCGCAACAGCCAUUCCCAACCAGCCAAACGUGACGCCCGCGAAAUCAUACCUGGGAAUUCCCUACGCGAAACCCCCAACCGGUGACCUUCGAUUCGCACCUCCUGAGCCUCCAACAUCCUGGACUUCACCUCUUCAAGCUCAGAGUCUCCCACCGGCUUGUCUGCAGCAGUUUGUGAGUGGUGCAGCUGGAGAGAAAGAAAAGGCAUACUUCAACAACCCGGGCUAUCCAGUUCCGGCCGAGAGUGAAGAUUGCUUGUACCUCAACGUUUUCGCUCCUCAGAAGGCGAGUCCAUCCGACAAUAAAGCGGUCUUGUUCUGGCUUUUUGGUGGGAACAAUGCAUUCGGCACGGCUUCGUUGCAAUACUAUGAUGGUAGCUCUUUGGCAGCCAACGAGGAUGUCGUGGUGGUUGUCRUCAAUUAUAGAACCAACAUGUUUGGGUUCUCCAACUCACCUGAGAUCCCCUUUGGGAAGCAGAAUAGCGCAUACCUGGACCAACGUCUGGCACUACAGUGGGUGCAAGACAAUAUCAAGGAGUUCGGCGGCGAUCCAACUCGAGUCACUCUCUUUGGAGAAAGUGCUGGAGGCCACGACAUCAAACAACUUCUGGCAAACCCACCAAGCCCCCUGCCUUUCCACGGAGCUAUCAUGCAGUCGCAGAACCAGGCUCCGACUGGUUAUGGUCCAGCCAGCUAUGCGAACGUAGCGAACCACUUUGGCUGUGGUAGUGCUUCCUCCACUUUGGCCUGCCUUCGCAAAGUCUCUGCAACAGACAUCCAAUCGUAUAUUACUGCCCAAGGCCUUGGAUUCCAGGAAGUGGUCGGCGAUGGCACUUCAGUCGGCAAAUUUGCCAUUACCAGCCUCCUCUCAGGAAGCUUCGCAAACGUGCCCAUCCUUAUUGGAACGAACGCCAACGAGGCUACCGUCUUUGUGGACCUUCUCGGCAUCGAUGACAACACUCCUCUCAACCAGUCUCUUGCCAAGUAUGGCUUCGAUUUCGGGAUGCCCGACUCGACUGUGAACGCCUUAUAUCCAAAACUUAUAGGAAGCGGCAAAGCGCUGGCCAGCCAAGUCCUAACUGAUCUCCUCUUCACCUGCUCAACUCAAACCCUCUCAAGCGCCAUCCAGAUAUCAGGACGUUCCAUCUGGCGCUACAGCUACGCAGGAGACUUUCCCAACCUACAUUUAUUCCCCAAUGCAGGCGCAUACCAUACCAGCGAAAUCCCAUCCGUCUUUGGAACUUAUCCUCUGAAGAAUGAAUUCGGUUCCGCCACCCAAGACCAAAUCGCUUUGAGUACAUACAUGCAAGGCGUAUGGUCUGAUUUUGCGAAGAGCCCAAAUACUGGAAUUCCGUGGCCUAAGCUUGGAAGUGCGUUGGGCAAGGAGCUGGGUGUCUUGGGUGGGAAGAAUGCUCCAAGUGGUGAGGAGACUAGAUAUCUUAUCUCGAGCGAUGCACCUUGCGCUGUGUUCUCGCCACUUUUGAUCGCUGCUGGUGCUGCUUACUAG